AUGUCCAUCCAUGCCCUGCUGCUGACACCGUGCCCCGCAGAUGGCCCUGAGCUGUGGUCCUCGGUGCACUUCCACGACUACAGCACCAGCAUCAAGGACCAGAUGGCGAUGGUGCUGAGUGCCAGCUGCCCCCUGCGCCCCCGGGCCCCCCUCUGCUGGAGGGAGGCAGCAUCUGAGACUGCACCCUGCCAUGACAUCCCCAACUCCACGGCCAACGAGGAGGAGCAGGUGUACUCGCUGGACAAGGUGGAUGUGCACCCCCAGCUCUGCUUCCAGUUCUCCUACAGGAACAGCAGCCACGUGGAGUGUCCCCACCGGCCAGAGACCGCCUGGAACGUCUCAGUGAGCGCCUGGGGGCUGCAGCUGCACCUGCGCCUCACCUCCAGCGUCCCUGCGGCCUUCAGUCCAGAGGGCUCUGCCCCAGGGGAGCUGGCGCUGCUGCUGCCGGUGCAGGUCCUGGGCAGCUGUGUGCUGGUAAGGUGA